UCAGGUGAGAUACUCGUAAGGUAAUCAUUACUUGAUUGGAUUAAUCAGCUGAUGGUUAAUUGAGUCAUGCCAAAUUAAAUGCACACAUCACCCUUAUACAUAUCUUUCAUUAUGAUGUAUGUUGAAAUAUAACAAACGAGUAAAUGCUUCUUUGGUGUAGAAUCGUGUUUGUUGUGACAUAAGAGAUGAUCAGAUAUCUUCUCCAUAUGAUUGCCAAUGAUUAUGUUCUUUCACAGCCGAGCAUGAAGUGGGAGGUUGUUUUUUAACACAAGUUUCAAUUGGUUGGGUCCUUUGUUACCAUAAUCCGUAUGUAAUUGCCUUGUUAGUCAGUUUCACCUGAGGCCGUCUUACCAAAUCUACCCUUUUACCAAAUGUCUGCCUCGAGGGUAUAAACCGUUCAUAUCACCUGUUCUCUCUUUUUUUUACUAAAAACAUAUAAUCGUACAUAAUCCAAUCUGAGCAAACCAGUAGAUCUACACCUUCUGGACACGAUUACAUUCAGUCGGCCAGGCCACGUAUUGUAAACAGUCUACCAAUAUUAGUCUGCCUCUCUUCCUUAAGAAUUGAGUACCUGUUGUUCCCCGUUCCCCAACGAAGGUACCAGAAACCUAUUCUGUCCCGGAAUCCCAACGGGUAUCGUAUGCAUAGUCAAUACGGUUGUGUGACAUAGCCGUGACGUCUCGCAUUACCAGCAGGAUACUAAGAUUGUCAUGGAUUGACGUUCAGAGUUUUAACAACUAUAUAUAAAGUAAAUUGCUCCCAUUUUUUAAAUGAAAUAAAUAAGUUCUUACAGAAGGAAAUUUUUAAACAUGUAUGAUGGUUGCCAAAAUAGUCAAAAAUAUUGUGUGUGUUAAAUAUUCCUUUUGAACAAAGAUAGUACUGAAACGUCGUCUGUUUAAUACUUAUUAUACUUGAAACGAUGUUAACGUCAAAUAAGUUCUACACAAACAUGUUCAUUUUCAGUUACUUAAUUCUUUGUUUCAGUAUUUUCUAAAAUAUCCUCGUCGUCUUCUUUAUCUUCUGUUUCAGUAUCCUUAACGAUGUAUCUUAAACACCUCGUCCUUCUCCUUGUUGUCACUGUUGCUGCAGAAGCAGCGUUCAGAAGGUCAAGCUUCAGGCGAAGAAGACGUGUUCAAAGCUACGCCAACGGUUACUACCCCUACAAUAUGUACGAAAAGAACUACGAAGGCGAUUACGACAAUAACUACGACAGUAUAUUGGGCAAUUACGACUAUGGCAACGGCUACGGUAAUGGCUAUGGCUACAGCAACCUUUAUGGCAAUGGUGACUACAACAGCUACGGCAACGGCGAGAGUGACUACGUCAGAUAUAACACGAUGAGAGGCGCACGUGGUCGUCAGUAUGGCGGACGCUCAACACAUUAUCACCAACGACCUACGAUGAAUGAUAUAACUGUGUAUAGUUAAUGUUUCCGAGGAACUACACGUUGGCAUGGUCAAGCUGUACGAAUCAUCAUUAAUUAUUCAGGGUCAAUGGGUGACAAACUAAGUAAAUAUGAUAAAAUCAGUACUUCGUUUUGUUUUCCUUUAUCGUGAUUCUGAUACCCCACCAGAGAUA